AUCACUAUAAAUGAUGUUCGUUUGGACAACAAACUAAUAUGAACUCAAGCUGAUUUAAACACCUGAAGUCCUUUUAAUGAAUUCAUGAGGAACUACUUAUUACUUUAAAAGCCAUAAAACUUUCGCGAUUAUUCAGUCUACAUUCAAAAGUUAUUCCCAAAAUAAUAGAAAAACAUCUUUUUUCCGAUUUCAAAAACUAUUAUAAAAAUUAACUUGAAAAACAUCUACAAAAAAAACUGAUCGAUCGGAUUUUGCUUGAAGAAUACUAGCCAUGAAGCGUUGUUUAAUUUUAUUAACGACAUUUUUCUACAUUUGUUUAUUUUGCCCCAAAGAGGCCUAUGGUAACACGGCGUUCGGCAGGUGCGCCAAAGUGGAGGCAGUUCCGGUGGACGAGGACAGGUGGGGAGGAAAGUGGUUUGUGCAGAAACGUGUGGACAACCUGAGAGAGAUGGGAAACAUAUGCAACUUCAUACAGGUGUCACUCGGCACUUACAAUGAGAAAAUUGGACCUCAAAUGAAGUUGAACAAAUCAGGCUACGACGAAGAUAAGGACUGUUACAGCUCUGAAACUCUCUAUGCCAAUCAUCCUAACCAGACAAUUGGCGCAUUCGUAACUCCAGUUGGGGUGCUGAACUACCUCAACCGGAAGAGAAUAAAUUUCUCCGUCAUUCAUUUGGAAGACAAAUUUGCUCUGACUUACGCUUGUGUCAAAUCGGGGGUCCUGAGAUUGGAGCAGAUUUGGGUUUUGUCACGUGACCAGAGGGUGAGGAGACGCUAUAUGCACAUGGAAAGACUGGAAAGAAUUCUGAAGUCGAAAAAUCUGCACGAUCUCGAGACAUACGAUGUGCGCCAGAGGUACUGCCAUCCGGUGGAGAUUGAAAUUGAGCCAGUGAAAAUCAUCGCCGACUUUUGGGAUAGAGUUUACAAAUCGCACAUGAAGUCAGCUUAAAGUAACUCUUCUAUUGCAUGUUAAAAUUAAUGCCAAAUUGGCACAACGCGAGUGAUCAAAAAAUUGCGUCAAAAAGUAAUGUUUGAUAGAUUGAAUAGAUUUUU